CCGCAAAAAAAUUCCGUCGCCAAACCGCGCCGGAAGGGACAGUACAAUCUAUAACAAUCGUGGAGAAAAGAAGAGUCGAGUGUCAAAAAUAAAACAGAUACGAGUGGCUGAAAAUUAGAAAGAGCAACUCUAAAAACCGUAAUUACCUAUCAAUUACCACCGAUUAAAUAAAGUGUCAGGACAAGACACCUGCAAACCAGAGGAAUCAUCUCCGUCGUUCAAUAGUAAUAAUAAUAAUCAAGAUUGAUGUGUGGAUAUAACGAAGAUACGCUCUAAAAACUGCAAAAUCGAUUGCUGUAAUGUUCAACUGUCGAUUGAAUUAAUUGAUAUACACGAGAAUUCAUUGACACAAAUUUAAUCUUCACUUUGAUUGAAGUAUUCCAAAAUUGUCGGCCAUACUCAAACAACCGCCGAGCGAUGAUAUACUCCAAACGUCUCUCAGCAAAAAUGUUUGAAUUCUGAAGAAAUCUGAAAUAAAAAAAAAAAAGGAAAUUACCACCGAUAUUAAAUUCACCACCAGCUGAUGAAAACGGUAUUAAAGUGAAGCACUGAUAAAAUAUCAUAAUUUACUGAUAAUCAAUCGAGUCGCGUGGGUGAACACGUAACGAUUUAAAGCGGUCACACGCAAAAAUAAUAUGAGCACCAAAGCGUCGGUAAAUCGUCGGGUUUUGGCGAUUCAAGCCAAGAAAAAACGUUACAAGCAGACGACGAAGAGAAAAGGAAAAAAUCAUCCACAGGGUGACAGUGAGAACAGCGGUGCAACAUGUUCAAAAGCUCCAACACGUCAUUCGACUAUUGGUGAGGGUACACAGGAUGGUAAUGGACAAAGAACAUUUACCACUGACAAUGGAAACAGGUUGGAACCGAGCCACAGCUCGAGCAAUGAGACCAUCGAGGAUGAUGACGAGGUGUACAGCAGUGAGGAAGAGGAGCAAGAGGAUAGGGAUGAUUACUGCAAAGGGGGAUAUCAUCCUGUUAAAAUUGGUGAUCUCUUUUUGAAUCGGUAUCAUGUUGCCAGGAAAUUGGGCUGGGGUCAUUUUUCAACGGUCUGGCUGUGCUGGGAUCUCCAGGAUAAACGAUUUGUGGCAUUGAAGGUUGUGAAAUCAGCAUCCCACUUUACAGAGACUGCACUCGAUGAGAUAAAAUUAUUGAAAGACGUACGUAAUACAGAUCCAAACGAUCCAAAACGCAACAAGACAGUACAAUUAUUGAAUGAUUUCAAAAUAAGUGGAAUAAAUGGUCUCCACGUAUGUAUGGUAUUCGAAGUACUUGGACACAAUUUGCUUAAAUUAAUAAUAAAAUCGAAUUACCGCGGUAUACCUCGUAACAACGUCAAGAGAAUCAUCAGACAAGUUCUCGAGGGAUUGGACUAUCUCCACAACAAAUGUAAAAUCAUUCACACGGAUAUUAAACCGGAGAACGUAUUAAUUUGCGUCGACGAGGCGUACAUUAAAAAAUUGGCAUUUGUAGCAACAGAACUGCAUUCACUUGGUCUCAAGCUUCCAGUAUCCCUGAUAUCAACAGCACCAAAAGAAUUUCAAGAGCCAACACCAAACACGAAGAUGUCAAAAAACAAGAAGAAGAGAAUGAAGAAAAAGCACAAGAGGCAGAACGAAUUAUUGAAAAAACAGAUGGAGCAGAUUCAAGAGAUUGAGGAGCAGGCUAAACACGUUCCUAAUUCCAGUGAAAAUGGUGGUGGCAGUGAGACAAACAGUCCUGAUCAGGAUGCCAACACUGAGAGCAUUGAGGACAACACUGAUUCCAAAGAAUCGCCAGAUAUAUCAGAUCCAGCACCGCCACACCUUAAUGGUGUUGAUCCACUCUCUGAUGGCGAUAAAAUGGACAAUCAGACAGUUGAUGACGAGCAGAACGACCAGAAUGACCAGAAGAAUGAGGACAUCACACCCUGUGAAGUGGAUAAAGCAUGUGGUGAGGAAGUUAUUCUGCCAGAUCCAGAGAUUCAUGAAGAAUCGAAUGAGGAGCCACAGCUGGAUAUUCCCGAUUUGAAAUCAUCGAAGAAACCAUCCGUCGCACCUCUCGAUCCGGCACUCGUCGACUGCGAGGUAGAAGUUAAAAUAGCUGAUCUUGGAAAUGCCUGUUGGGUACAUAAAAAGUUCACUGAAGACAUUCAAACGAGGCAGUAUCGGUCCCUCGAGGUUUUACUUGGUGCUGGGUACAAUACCUCUGCUGAUAUAUGGUCCACAGCGUGUAUGGCUUUUGAAUUAGCUACUGGAGAUUAUCUUUUUGAGCCACAUAGUGGUGCUGAUUACUCGAGGGACGAGGACCAUUUGGCUCACAUCAUUGAAUUACUCGGUGAAAUUCCCCGUAGAAUUGCGCUGUCUGGCAAGUACUCGACGGCAUUUUUCACGAAGAAAGGCGAAUUGAAACACAUCACGGGCUUGAAACCAUGGGGCCUGUACGAAGUACUUACGGAGAAAUAUGAGUGGCCACCCAGUGAAGCCCGACAAUUUGCUAAAUUUCUGAGGCCAAUGCUGGAGUAUGAUCCAACUACACGUGCUACUGCUGCCGAGUGCCUCAAGCACCCGUGGUUACAGAUCAAGUGAAUUUUCACGUGCCCCUUUAUUACCUCUCUCCCAUUUUUAUACUGUGUUCUAAUCGGCACUUUAUAAACUAAAAUCCUUCAGUUUCAUUGAAUCUACGUCAACGUUCCUUCAGUGCUCGCCGAUACAAUCGCGCAAUUAAUAACGAGUGUCAGGGUUUGAUGUCAUUGAUCUCCCCCCAAAAAAAAUCACUGGAUUAAAUCUAAAGAUAAUUGGAUUUUUGGAAAAUUUUAAUUUUUAUUUAGAGAUCAAAUCUUACAUGAAAAUUUGUCAACGAAACGAAAAAUCUUGCCACAACCAAUGAUUUAUCUUCUUGACACUCGUCUCCAUCUUAUUGUUAAUUCGUGUAAUUUAUUGUAACUUCAUUUAUCUCUUUUGUUGAAAUCCUGCCGUUAUUGAUUUUUCCAAUCGCGCUUUUUCUUUUCUUGUGUAAUUUCGGAUGACAGCUUGAAUGAAAUUCAAGAGAAUCGUUAUCGAGAAGCCCGAGAUAUAUUUUUUUUUCGAUAAAUUUUGUGGUGAGAUCGUCCCUUUUGUACGUGAAAAAAGUCUUGUAUGAGAUCCCAACGAGAAAAUCUUUUUUAUUAAUACUCAGAUUAAAUAAUAAGACAUGGGCCAUGCUGCGCGUGCCCACGGAAGAUCUGAAUAAGAGUUCGUUGUAAAAUUAAAUCCAUUUGAUUGACACGAAAAAAAAUCAUGAUUUUUGGCGCCUUCGAGAAGUUAUUUUCUCCCUCGUAUGAAUCAUAAGUGAAAAAUUUUUUAUAAUGCCCCAUUCCUUUCAUGUAAUUCAUAAAAUUACGCAGCUAGAAUAAUCUUUUGAAUUAAUUGUACAUAAAGCAUCAGAUCGGAGAAAUCCAUGCGAUGAAAAUGAAAAUGAAUUAUCCAAUUGAGCGUUUAAUUACAACUGGACAAAUGAAUAAAUUUAAUUUACCAUUACCUUAUCCUCUCGCAUGGAUCUCAAUUGAUCGAGAACUUAUUUGUAGUUUAAUAUCGAUCAUUGACGAUCGCAAAUGCAUAUAAUUGUAAAAUUAAUCAAACAACCGAAAGAUUAACCGAAUGAAGAAAAACUGAGAUGUUGCGUUAAACUAUAAAUGACACGCUGCGAAUUAAUAAAUAAAUUCAAUCAACUGAUUGGGACGAGUAAAUACUGUAGCUCAAUGUUCAGAACGUAAUUUUCGUCUCAAAUAUUAUGGAUUAGCUGUUAAAUCUGAUACUGCGUGUCAUCACACGGAGUUAUCCUUUUUUAGCCAAAAACAAAGAAAAAAUGUAAUAAUGAAUUAUAGUUUGGGAGGAGAAAAUUUUUCGAGGCCGAGACAUGUCAGUGAACUGUGAAUGUAUCCCGAGUGUAGGUCGAUAAAUAUUGACUUAGCGUGUCUUCAUGAAGCUUUUUUUGAUGUCAGUGACUCGGUAAAAGAAAAUGCGAAUGGUAGGAGUAGUUUUUAUUAUUGUUAGUUCUAGAAUCGAAAAGUAAUGGUAUUGAUUCAAUUCCAGAAUCACGCAAGGGUAGAGAUGAGUAAACCAGAGGUACCCGGGGACCUGGUGUGCGUGUAAAUCAACAAAUUGACAGAAUUGAAUAUUGUAGAAAACAAAAUGAUAUAAAAAAGAAAAA